AUGGCGACACGAUCCAAGCCCGAGAUCAACUCCGACAAAAAGGAGAAGUCCGGAAAUAAGGCAGAUACCAAGCAGAGCUUGGACGAGCCGAAAAAGAGCCCAAACGCCAAUGCGACUAAAAAACCACUGUCGCCCUGUGAGAGCAAAGAGAGAAGUCUUGAUUACCCCAGCACCAGACUGGCUAAUCAAAAGAGCAACGCGCGAGCCAAGAGUUGUAUUACCGAGAAAUCAAGUCUCGUGAAAAUACAGCUUGAGAACUGCUGCAAGGAGUCGGCUAAAUCGCCGAAUGAGCCGCAGGAAAAUGUCUCUGCAGACAAGGAGAAAACGAGUGUCAGUCAACCGGACCACAACUCCGUGGACUUGUUGCCCGAUGGCGAGAGCGCGGCGAUAAAGAAGAGCGAUACCACGACUAAAUGUAGCAAAAAAAGUCCAGAUGACCACCAUGAACAGUCGCAGAACACUACUGCGAAUGUGAAGAAACCCAUCAGAGAUAUCAAGAACAAAUUCACGUGGUGCGGUAGUUGCAAGAGCACGAAGUCAGCCUCAUCGGUAGGACAAGGAUCGAAGACAGCUGCGGCCGCAGCUACUGCCGUAGCCAACAAAAGCAAGCGCACCUCCUCGACGAGUCCGCUGAAGAAACUUAGUCGCUCGUCGUUGACAGCCGACUCCACGGAAAAUAACAAAAUCACGCUCAAUUUGUCCAAGUACUCGCCGUGCGCCUCGCGACUUGCGGCAAGCUCGAAGAUUUUGUCGAGCGAUUCGCUCGGUGCCACCAGUCCAGAGAGCCCGCUGCACGUAGCGCGUUCCAAAAGUCCGGUGCAGCCCAGUCUCUCGCUGAACAUUCAGCAAGAAACGCGGAGGCCGGCUAACAAAACCGGAUCUCGAGUCGUUGGAAGCGGAGCUCAGCCCGCGCGCAGCAAAAGCGUCGGAGGUGGUCCUGAUAGUUGCGUCACAUCACCAGCUAGUGAUGCCCUAAGUUGUUCUCCACCCGGUACUGAAAUUCUCUCGUUGGAAGACGUUUCCACGGGUAACAGCAAGCAGCAACAACAGCAGGCUUCUGCUUUAGAUGACCAGUCGACACCGCGCGCCGUUGCACCCGCCUCAGCAAUCGAGCUGGGCCUAGAUCGAGAAAGGUGGAACGCUAGCUACCGGAGCCCACGCUGA